AUGGACCAUCAACCAAAUGGUAGUGGUAGUGGAAGUGGAAACGGUGUUGCCGAGCCAUCAAGGUACAACAAGAUUAACCCAGUUAAAAUAGAUCGUACUCAUUCUGUUGAUCCAUCUGUACCAUCGCUUGUUGGUAUUGGUGGUGAAAAUGUGCUUGUCUCAUUUACCCGUAACAUGUUUCGUGCGAGUGCUAAAAAACUUCGACAAUUUCGAUUUGGUCGCGAUGAGGAUAGGUUUUUGCAACCUGUCAGAGUUGUGCCAUACCGUACUCCAGAAGAAUCUGAAGAUGAAGAUGAAGUAGAAGAAGCGAAAGAAGUUCGAAAAGAAGUUUCAAAAGAUAUCGAUGAUACAACAUUCUUCAAAAGGCAUGCUUUUUUUUUGCUUAACCCACUUUUUUUUGCUCACCCUUUGCUUCUUAUUUAUGCAUGACUUUUUCAGAUAAUUAAUUAAAGCUAGUUUUAAGAAAACAAUUCUAGAUUAGUGCAUGAACCCAAAUCUGUCUGCAUGAAUCCUAUUGUGUCCCCAUCCCCAUUUCAGAUGUUCCAAUUCCACAAAAAUGCAAACCUUUUCCUCUUUUAGCUCUUAUUGGGAUACAGCGCCAAUGGAAAUUGUGGAACUAGCCAACAAAUAUAGUUAUACAAUUCUUGAAGAACGGAGUAUUCAGAAGGAGGCGAUCGAAUUGAAACGAAUUAUCAGAGAAGCUCUGAAUAAAAAGCUAAAAAUCAAGGCCGGAUAUGCACAAAUACAACGACUCACGCAUGACAAACGACAACAAGAUUAUCUUCGAAAAGAAUUUCGUGAACUGAGCGAACAGAUUUCGGACAUGCAAGAGGAUAUGCAAACGCUGGACGUAUAUGAUACGGGAGCGUUUGAUGAGGAUAUGCACGAAGGUGAUAGUACAACAGUAUGCACUGAAAAAACAACAGAUUCAUCGGAAAAUGGCGAUAAUGCAAAUCCAAGAUUGUUGUCACUUCAAAAAGAACUCGAGAAAGAAAUGAAAGUGAAGAAGGGUCUUGAGAAUUAUUUGAGAAGUGCUGGAACACGUCAACAAUGUCGGAUUGAGUCACAGAGUUUGUUGGAUGAUAGUAAAGCUAAAAUUGCGAUGCUUCGGAUGCAAAUUGAUAAAAUCAGUCAAGAUCAAAUGCUGGCUCUUGGUGAGUUUGAAAAACAAUUUAGAAAGGGGAAUUUGGAAACGCAGCUAUAUUUUUGAUGUUUUUUUUAAUUUAAAUAGAAUUAGGUUUUCAAUUUUCAAGGGAAUAUUUAAAAAUUAUAUUUUUCAACACUUUCAUCAAAUAAAAACAAAUUCUGCAAACACAUUUUUGAAAACAUCAGACUUUACGCGCAGCAAUUUCAAUAGUGUCAGUAACUAGCGACGGGUGUUCUUGGAUUUUAGAAUAAGGAAAUAUGGAAAUCAAAAAAAUCAGCUAUUUCAUCAAAAGUUAACUGGAAUACAAUGUUUUUUUUUCAGAUCCGGAAAGCAAAACUGCAAUCGAAUUAGCUAUUGAAGACUUGUUGUACAGAUAUCACAAAGAGAAAGCGUUGAUUGACGGUGCUCGAAAUAUGCUUCGAACACUUCGAGCACAAAAGAAAACCGAUUCAAAAAGUCUCAACGAUGCUUCGCAAAACUUUGUGCAAUCUGCUGAAAAGACUGAUUUGAUCAGAAUGGCAUUGAUGAAAUAUUGUGCUAUGUUACCUGUGGAUUGCAGCGGACGCAAAGAUUUGUUAGACGAGAUUGGUGAAUCAACCAUUCCAUCACCGCCACAUGUCAGAUAUUUGGAACGAUUCAGUCCACCAACAUCGUCUUCAACAUCUAAAGAUAGUCAUACUGGAAGCUUGCCAAGAAACAUUCUUGGUCGUCGACAUAGUGUUAUGCCACCAACUUUGGCUAUUAGUGGACGUUUAGAGGUAAGUUCUACAAAAAUUAAAUUCGUAAAUAGUCAUAAUAUUGGUUAUUUUAGGUUCAUCUUAAUGGUUUAGUCGGUGUUGUAAAUGAAGUUGUUGAUCGUGCUCAUAGAACCGAAGCUCUUGGAAUAUCAGCAUCCAGUGGAUUAUUCAACUCUGAAUCAUCUUCAAAUGGCACAAGCUCAAAAUCAAAAAAUCGUCCAGUCAUGAAAAUUAGCGGGUAUGUUCUAUCGCACCAAUCCCCUCUUCCUUUCAUAAAAAUGGUUUAUUGUUUCCAGGUCAAGUUCUAGUCAAAGUGACGAUGUGUUCCUUGUGAUGCGUGUAGAUAGCAAAAUUGUUGGACAAACUGAAAUUCAUACGCUUGGACAAAAAAGCUGGGAUGAAAAAUUCGCAUUCGAUUUAGAUAGGGUAAUAAUCCUCAUUUAAUUAGAAAACACGUCAUAUUCUAAUUUUCCCCCGCAUUUUUCAGUCAAAAGAACUCGAGUUUGAAGUAUUCUACCAUGAUGAAAGAUCAAUGUGCGGUUUUGCUGUUGUGAAAUUGAGCAAUUUGAUCGAAACCCCACUCAAAGUCGGAGUUCUUGUACCACUCGAACCACAAGGAACAUUGUUUGUUCAAUUUCGAUAUUUGAAUCCAGUUGUCAGCCGAAAACCAAAACUCGAACGUCAAAAACGUCUUUUCCGUGUCAAAGGUAAGUGUGAAAUUGAAUUUUGAGAAACUAAUCGACUUCUAGAAGGUGCGGAAAAUGCUGGAGCCAAAAAACAACUCGGAGUAUUUGCGUUUUCUCGUUUAAUCAAAAGUCGCGGUAAUGAGCCGGUGGUUGAGUUCAAUAGUCGUACGAAUGGCAGCACGCCUUAUGGUUAGUUUUUGCUUGUUUUGAAUUUUUGCACGUUUAAUGGCUGUUUUUUGCUUUAGGUGCUAGUUCAAGCUCAUCAACAUCAACCACUUAUUAUUCACAAAUUGGUAUGCCGUCUUCAUCGGCUUCUUCGUCUCAACCAUCUUCAUCAACAUCAUCUGCGUUCCAGAAUUCAGUAAGUUUGAAAUAAGUGAAUUUGUAGUUGUGAGCUUUUCCUGUAGAUAUGUAGAGAAUAAAACAUAGAAAUUUAGAAACAAUAUAAUUUUGCAGGUUUUCCAACCACGAAAAUCUACAAAGAAGAAGGAUGUUGUUGCGCCACCAUCUGCCAAAGAGCAACUUGCCGUUGAUACAAUUCCAGUUGAACGUGUUCAACCACCAGUUCCAGCUGUUCGACAACAAUCAUUGGAUUAUUUCAUCAAUGGACAAGGUGCUGCAUUGACAAUUGAUCAAUUCAGAUUGAUUAGUGUUCUUGGAAGAGGACAUUUCGGAAAAGUCAUUUUGUCUCAACAUAAUCCAUCCAAAAAUUAUUAUGCAUUGAAAAUCCUGAAAAAGGGUGAUAUUCUUGGACGUGACGAAGUUGAAUCAUUGCUUGUCGAGAAACGUAUCUUCGAAGUCGCAUCACGAGCAAAACAUCCAUUCCUUGUAAAUCUUCACGGUUGCUUCCAAACUAAUGAACACGUGUUCUUCUGUAUGGAAUACAGUAUGGGUGGUGAUUUGAUGCGUCAUAUUCACGACGAUGUUUUUGAUGAGGAACGUGGAUGUUUUUACGCUGCUUGUGUUGUGCUUGGUCUUGAUUUCCUUCAUCGUAACAACAUUAUCUAUCGGUAAGAAUUUUCAAAAAAAAUCAUUUCAAAUCUGUAAUUUUCAGUGAUAUCAAACUCGAUAACUUGUUGCUCGACAAAGAUGGUUAUGUGAAAAUGGCCGAUUUCGGACUCUGCAAAGAAGGAAUGGGACCAUUUGACAAAACAAGCACAUUCUGUGGAACUCCAGAAUUUUUAGCUCGUAAGUUCAACAAUUACCAAUAGAGUUAAUGAAUCUUCAUUAUUUUUCAGCGGAAGUAUUGUCGGAUGCCGCCUACACCCGUGCAAUUGAUUGGUGGGGACUUGGUGUUUUGAUUUUUGAAAUGCUUGUUGGUGAGCCACCAUUCAAUGGUGAAGACGAGGAAGAGAUUUUCGAUUCAAUCAUCUCGGAAGAAGUCAGAUAUCCAAGAUAUUUGUCAGUUGAAGCAAUUUCGAUUAUGAGAAGAGUAAGUUUGAAAAAUCUAUAACUUUAAAUUUCAAAUUUUUUUCAGUUGCUCCGCAAAACACCAGAUAAACGUUUGGGAUCUGGAGAACGAGAUGCGGAAGAUGUCAAAGCGCAACGCUUUUUCAGACACAUCAACUGGGAUUGGGAUCGUCUUUUGAACCGCGAAAUUCGCCCACCAUUCCAACCACAAAUUGUGAGUUUUAUUUAGAAUCUAAUCUCAAAUAUUUAAUAAAACCUGAUGUUUUCAGCGUGACCCAGAAGAUGUUUCAAACUUUGAUGAAGAAUUCACCAGCGAGAAGGCUAAAUACUCAUCGGCCACCAAUAAUCGUGAAAUCAGAGAAUCUGAUCAACGUCACUUUGCCAAUUUUGAUUUUUCGCUUUUCUAA